UGUUAUUUGCCGAUUUUGAGAUAGAAUUGUGUGAGCCUGAGUACGUGGACGCGAUUUUACCUCUGAAUGGUGAGCUUGCUUACGGCCAUGUGAAGCCGCUGGACAAAAUCGUAGUGCGCAUUCGGAAGCGCAAGCACUAAAAGCAUGAGGACUUUGAGCGAAGUCGUGUGGUACUUAUUGGGUAUGUCAGAAACCUGUCGUUUCUAUUGGCUGGAGUCACCCUUUUGUGAAAUGGGGUUCAUUCACCAGCAACCAACAUGAACCACAGUAGUAUAGCAAGCCAAUUUCUCAGAUAUAAAAGUUCUACGCACCAUCUCCUGCAAGCUUAGAGAUCAUCGCAGCAACUCAAAUCUGAAGCAUAGUUCCACCCUUUCCACAACUCGAUCUGCACGCUUCCAAGAUGUCCCAAGACCACCAAAAAUCCAACUACCUCGGCGGACUACCACGAGAAUUACUAUCUCAAAUUGCCGAAAACAUAAGCAACAAAGAUCUCUUUAGCCUUCGAGGAGUAUACAAUCAUCAGAUUGUAGCUGGAACUGACUACGUUUUUGGCAAGAGAUUCUUCACUAUAGUCAGGUCGAAGAUCAGCGAGCGCGGCUUGAAUACCCUCCUAGGAUUGUCACGAUCUCGAUAUGCCGCCGCCAUUAAGGUUCUCAAAUUCGAGCUCGCUCUCGGAUCCGAGCAAUAUACCUGGCAGAAGAGCAAGCACAAUCGAGUUCAGCGGUACAUAAUUGCUUUGGAGGAGCAAUCUUCCACUCUACUCGUCGACCUCUCACGGAUCCUCUCGAAGCUGCCAAUGGUCAGAGGCGUCUACAUUUGCGCACCUAAAGCGAUCGCGAACUUACCGGGCGGCCUGCCAAAUUUCAAAUGGCAGCCACAUUCUCGCUCGCAUCUGAUGGGGCCACCGAUUUAUGAGGACGACGUGGACAUGAACGGCGCCUCCAAGGCCAUCGACCAGAUAUUCGAAGGCGUGAUGCAGUCCAAACUCCAGCUUGAGGAACUGGGAACUCUUGGCUUCACGGGUAAAAAGUGGAAGGCAGCUUUCAUCAAGGCUGUUCCCAUCACGAAGCAACUGAUCUGCAGCCCCGUCAACUGCAGAUUACGAUCCCUGACACUUGAAUUUGGCGGGCCCACCAUCAACGAGCACAGUGUUGAAGAUCCGCUCGCGGCAAGCCAAUUGUUGGCAAUCGGUAUCAACAAGUGCUCGCGUCUUAAAUCUCUUGUACUGUCAUUCAAGUCUCAGGUGAAGACAAAGAACGAGGAAGCAGCAGGGUUGCUUCAAUGGCAGCCACUCCUGCACAUGCUGGCGACCAAAGCGACAUUCCAGCUCUCAAGCCUUGAGCUUGCAGGUGUUGGGGUUGCCCACAAACACCUAGAUCAAGUCAUUGCUAGGCAUUCCUCCAGCCUACGUCGGGUUGUCUUGAGUUCGGUUGUUUACCAUUGUUGCUGUGCGAUGCGAAGGCUACUCGUCAAUAUCGCCAAAACCCGCAUCGAUUAUCUCGCACUCAAACUCGUUGAGUUGCAAACAUCAACCCUCUCGAUCCUUGACACGCUUGCUGAGGAUGAGGAGGUCGGCGAAGGUUUGGGGGUUCAGGGAGAUGAGGCCUACGAUGGCUGGGAACUUGUUAACUUCACAGCAGAUCCAGGCAACGUGAGGCUGAUUUGGAAAAACACGGUUUCUACUCAAGAGAGGACGAAAGACACCGUGAACAAUAUUAUUCAGCUUUUUGAUUUGGGGAUUAUGUCACAACUCUGGCUUUGGGAUAGUACCUAG